AUGCCGGCCUUCGACAAGUUUGGGCUCGUGCGGGCGGGGCCUCCCUUGCCGCCUACCUCCUUGGUGGACCUGUCCUCCGGUGAUCAAUCCUCCGAGGCCACCGAGGACGAGGUUGUGGAGGAAUCCUCUGCCCCGCGGCAGAGGGAGCUCCUCCGUGACUUUCCCGAUGAUGAUGAUGAUGAUGCGCCUCCGGUGGUGGAGGUGCCUCGCCCUUCUGGAGUCACCACGAGAGCCGGGGUGUCCUCUUCUAAGCAGCCCAAGCGGACGGCCACGAAGAAGGGCAGGACCAUGCUGAUUCCCCCGGGCAGCGUUCCGCCUUCGCCGACGGCGUCCCGAGUGGCACCAACCGCGAGUUCUCCUGCUCCCAAGAGUUCAGCUCCGGCUGCCCCGUCUCGGCGCCCGCUGCUGGGCCUGAAGAGGAGCUAUGUCUUCGCCGACCAGCAGCAGUCGUCGAAGAAGCAGAAGGAGGGCGCGGAAGUCGCCGUGGUCGAAGGCGCCGAAGUGGCCGCCGCGGCCCUGGCGAAGGAGAGUGCCGCGGCCCCUGCAGCUCCGGCAUUGAUAUCAUCUCCCCAGGGUGUGGAAGCCCAUCCUCAGGAGGUGCCGACGCCUUCGGCGGGGCUGACCCCGCCGGCGCCCAUCCUCGCUGCAGCUGCUGAGGUUGCCCAGCCUCCGGAGCCCCUGGUCCUUCCUGAUGCUGAGUCGGGCCAUGGCGCUCCUGCCACCUUCGGGGCCCUGGAGGAGGCAAGGGCGGCGCUGAACCUCCUCCAGGGUGAACUUCGAGGCCCGGACCGGCGCUCGGCGUUGGGACGCCUGGGGCUGAUUUCUGGUUGGCUCCAGGCCGACGCGUUUGUCCGCGCGGCCUGGGGCUCUGCGGAGGAAGACCAGAAGGUGCUCGGGGUGGUUGCCACCGAGCGCGACCUGGCGCGGAAGGAGGCCACAGAAGCCGAGGAUUGGUGCCGCGUGGUGGAGGCUGAACUGAAGGCUCUUCAGGAUCAGCGGGCUGCCCAGGCCAGCCAGCUCCAGGAGCGUGAGGAGAAGCUGAAGGCCCAGGAGGCUGCCCUCGCCGAUCGAAACACCGAGGUGAAGAAGGCGGCCUUGGGGCAAGCUGUGGAGCGCGACCGCCUGACGAGGCUGAAGGAGGAGGCGGAGGCAGCCCAGGCGGCCCUUGCCGAGGCCAAGAAGGUGGCCGCCAUGGACAGCACCCUUGCCUCCCUCGAGGCGAGGUUCCACAAGGCUCAGCGGUCGCUUUUUGGGGACGAUCCCUUGAAGAAGGCGACGACGACGACCCCGAGGGAGAGCCCUGCUGCUCUGCUCCCUGAAGUCUUGGCAGUGCUCGAGGAUGCUGUUGACGGGUUUGGCUCUUUGGUGGAAAGUGAGGCGCGCUCGCUUUCUUCCUUAGCCCUUACGUGCGUCUUCAGCCAUCUCUACCUCCCGGACGCCGGCUUCGAUUUCUCCUCCUUCCUUGCUCCCGUGGACUCCGACUCCCAGGACGCUCCUGCUGCCGCCAUGAAGGGCUCCGUGGACGCCAUGCUGGGCAAGUUUCUGGUCGUCGGUCCUACGACCGGGGCCGAGGGGACGGGCGACGCGCGUGACGAUGGGGCUCCGCUGGCGGGUGACGGCGGCACCCAGGUCUGA